AUAGCAUGGCUUGUAUGAAAUCAAGCUAGGGCUUCCAUUCAUCGUUCAUAUAUUCAGUUGUUGUUUGUUUUUCUUUUAAUCUUUUUUCCUUAUUUCGAUUCUUCUAGUUUAGGGAAAGUGAAAGAGAAAGAGAAACAAACAGAGAGAGAGAGAGAAAGAUGGCCAUCUUUAAUACUCAUAAUCCCAGUGUUUUUGUAUUUGGUCUUCUAGGUAACAUCGUGUCCUUCGUGGUUUUUCUAGCUCCAGUACCGACAUUUUUAAGGGUUUGCAAGAAGAAAUCAACAGAAGGGUUUCAAUCAUUUCCAUAUGUGGUGUCACUGUUCAGUGCUAUGCUUUGGCUGUACUAUGCUUCACUAAAGUCAGAUGCUUUCCUUCUCAUCACUAUUAACUCAGUUGGUUGUCUCAUUGAGACAAUUUACAUUACCCUCUUCAUUACUUAUGCACCCAAGCAAGCUAGGAUAACCACUUUGAAGAUUCUUCUUCUAUUAAACUUUGGAGGAUUUUGCUUGAUUCUUCUUCUCUCCCACUUCCUUGCAAAAGGAUCAGAAAGAGCUACAAUUCUUGGAUGGGUCUGUGUAAUCUUUUCUGUUAGUGUGUUCGCGGCACCUUUGAGCGUUAUGAGGAUUGUGAUUCGAACAAAAAGUGUGGAGUUCAUGCCAUUUUACCUAUCAUUUUUUCUCACGCUCAGUGCAAUUAUGUGGCUGUUCUAUGGACUACUAUUAAAGGAUUUGUAUAUUGCGGUGCCGAACAUAUUGGGUUUAGUAUUUGGGGUGCUGCAAAUGAUUUUAUAUGUAAUAUACAAGAACGUCAAGACGGUGGUAGAGGAGCCAAAGUUACCUGAACACAACGUUGAUAAUGUGAAACUGAGUGCUGUUAUUACUUGCGAGGUGCAACAAGAGGUAUGCUCCCAGUCCCAGCCAAACGGUGAUGAUGGUGCGCAUAACAAAGAGCAGAAAAUGCAUGACAACCCCGCAAAUGCAGUCACAGAAUAUCAACGUCAUUCAGGCAUGGAUGCCUCGAUCGCAGACCAAUCAAUAGCAUGCCGAGUUUGAUUUUACAUAUACCUGACUCCUCUCUCUAUUUUUAAUUCGGUUACAUAUAUAAAGCUUCUACCUCACUACUACGCUAGCUGUGUAAAAAAAGGAAAAAGAAAAAUUUGUAAAGGAUGGCAUAUAUGUAAUUUUUUCUUUUCUAAAUGUUAUUUCUCUUGAAUUAUGUACUUUUUCUUGUGGAACAAAUAGAGAUGAAUGGAGGUGGAAUAAAUACUUCUUUUAUCCAUGCA